ACUCUCAUUUGUCGUCUUAAUGUCUUUUCUUAUUUAACUAGAAUCCAAAAUUUGGUUUCGUUGAACUCGAAGGAGGAGGCACUGAAACAAAAUUUUCUGAAAACAAAACACAAAAUAAAAUAUAUGACGAGAGUGAUAGCCAUUUUAAGAUAAAAUGGACACAAAUGAACGGCUUAAUACGCAAGAGCGGAAAGUUCUCGGAAAACUGGAUAAACAGGAUCUCGAGGAGAUGCUCAGGCGAUUUGGACUUAAGAAGCAGUAUGACAGAAGGAAGGGUUUGAAUGGUAAAGAUGAGAGGCAAUGGGCCCCGGAGGACUUAGAAACUGACUACGAGAGGACAUACAAAGCCCACUACAACUACCCCCUUAGGGCCAGCAGACGACCUUUUCUCACCCCUAGAGACUCGCAUCCGCCCAGGGGAGAUUUUGUCACUCAAACUGCGAUGGAUUUUGUGCCGAAACCGGUGCAUCCGAUCGAAUUAGUCAAAAAAGCUGACAACACUUACCGCCCUGGCUCGACCAAAGUGGAAGGUCAAAGCCAGUACAUGUACGACUACCCGGCCAAGAGGUCAGACGUGCACUUCGCCAAGCGACCAGACCUGGUACCGGCGGGGGCCAAGAUCAAAGCCAAGUUCGACGACAGGACCAUGCACAAGGAGCACUACAAGGCCUGGGUGGGAAGGGAGUCGGACAAACUGCAGUUUAGAGAAUUGGAUCCAGUUGCACACGACAUCAUUUUCCCUAAAGGGGAACCCCUGAACGAAAUAAGUGAGACAAAGCAGCAGUUCCCGGGCAAGUAUGCACCCAAGCCAGACCCCGUGAAAAUGGCACAGCCUACUGUCAAGCUAGGCACUGAAGGAGAGUAUGACCAUCAAACCGUGAACAAAGCGACCUACAAGUCCACAAUCGGCAAGGAACCCAAGACCCUUAACUACAAGCCAGUCGUCAAAAUUCCGAGCGCAGACACUCGUGGGGCGUUCUACGGGGUGACCAAAUACAUGUCGGACUACAAGGAGAAUAAGAAGGACGCCACCUCCAGAUUCAACAGGGGUCCCAUGCUCCCCCAGCCCAACAACAUCGGCAUCAAUCCAGACGCCAAGGGUCAUUACGAGACUUGGCAGCGGGAUUCUUACAAAGGAUUUGACGUGACCAAACACAAGCGCCCUCAGGAGAUCAGAUAUGACAUCCAAGAGUACAACGCCCCCACGGAGAAAGUCGAAGGGGUCACCGUCACCAAGGAAUCGUUUCCACGAAGAGAACUCUCCCUUGCCUAUAACCCUCCGAAGCGAGCUGACAUCCACGAACGAGGAAAACUGCCCAAAUUUGAGGCUCGCACCAUGAAUGACGAGUUCUACGUCCCGUGGCCCGUCCAGACCCGAGAACGCUUCGGCGACUUCAAGGAGUACUCGGCUCAGAUUCCGAUGCAGGGCGAGUUCUUCGGCGAAACUACCACAGGUCGAGUGUUCACACCUAAACCGUACAAAAAGACGGAAGCGUACAUUCCCGAGCAGAAAGCGAUUCAAAAAGAUGGAAAUCACGACUUCAACACUGUGCAUCGAACGACGUACACGAAACCGAAGUACACUUUUAACGAGGAGGAAUAUGCCAUUUUGGACGCCGCGUUGAAAAAAGUAGCCAAAUUUGGAGGUAUGCAGCCAGGUGUUCGAGCCAGAAGUGUGGAGGUCGGGGCAUAGAGCCGAAAAUCUCUUUGGCUGAUAUUAAAAUAUUAUUUUUCAAGGAGAACUAAUUAGAACUAAAAAAAAUAUACAGUGUAACCAAUCAAAUGUCCGGCUUGUAAAAUGUAUAUAUGAUUUCAUGUAUAUAGACUUACUGUAAUUAAGAUUUUGCAAGCUUAUCAUUACAUUCUGAUCAAUUUAUGAUAGUUUGAAGUGAACUGAGCAAAAUUUGAUUGAAUUUAUUUUUGGAAGCCAA